CUCUGGGUCAUUUAUUCACUCCUUGUAUCUACAGUGCUGUGUAUAUACAUUGUCUAUAUGGACUACGUCGGCAGCCGUCAGUUCCUCAGCAACUAUUUGGUGCGCAGGAAUCGCAAUCAAUCGAAAAGCACCGUAGAUGAACGUUACAGUUUCUUUAAAAAUAGUUCAACCACCGCUACUGAAACGGGAACAGUUAAUCUAAAUGACACGACAGUAUUUCAUUGUAUAAAAAAAUCAACUGGGUAUAUUUUUAAGCCUAUUCCGACAAUCGGUUAUAAUUUCACGAUUAAAAUUUCAAAAAAAGACAGAACGCCAGCAAUCGUAAAAAAAAGAGUUCGUAAAAUUUUGAAAUCCCCCGUCACUCCAUCACUAGAAAAGUGUGAGGGGAAUACGACUGUAAAAUAUCUUGUGUUUCUAUGUAAAGGUCUCUGCGGGGGCUGGGGUGACAGACAAAAAGGCUUGGUCUUUGCUUAUGUACUCUCUCGUCUGCUACACCGCUGUUUUAAAAUUGUCAUGCCCCAACCGUGCAGUCUGUCAAAGUUUUACCAGCCAAACAAAGUUCAGUGGGAGCCGGACAAUGAAACUUUAGACCCGCCCACAAAAAACAACACGAUGAAUGCAUUCAGCCACCGAUUCCAGGACCGAAUGGCGGUCUUAGACCUAAGUGCUCUGUACAAUCAAACUGUUGUAUAUUUUAGGGCAUACAAAGACCUGUACGAACGUCUGGUUGAAAAUCCACAUUUCGCCGAGCAGAUCGGAAAAUGGACCGGAAUUCGCGACAUUCAGGAUCGAUUCUUUUGGAGCUGGAAUCAGUUAAUGAAACCGUCUGCAUCGUUUCUGUCUAAAGUUGAAAAUGUCAUUGGUAGGGACUUUUUAAUACGAAAAGGUGUGGACGUUGAUGUUUUAAAACAUGAGAGGCUCAAACCGCCGUUGUGCGAUGUUGGUAAGUCACCUUUGAUCUGUGCGCAUGUCAGAAUCGGGAAAAACCCAAGCGUUCCUAAAGACGAUGUGUUCACAACAAUAAAAUUAGCGGAUAUUCCCGUUUUAUUUGAAUUUAUGUCAUUUAAAGACACUUCCGGAGACGCCUUAUUUUUCGUAGCAACGGAUUACAUCAAUGUACGAAUACAGGCGUACAACUAUUUCAAGGGAAGGGUGAUCGAUUUUGGCGCGAAAAUCGUCCAUAUUGACAGGCUAACACGUGACAAUGAUCGUUGCGGAGGUUUUGAGGACGCUUUAGUAGAUCAGUUUCUGCUGAGUGUAUGUGACGUCUUGGUUCUCUGCAGAAGUGGCUUCAGUCAGAUGGCGUUUUACAUGAGAAACAGCACAGAUCCUGUGUACAUUUUCGAACACGGAGCGGUCAGUCUUUAUGAAGAGUAGAGGAAAGGUGGUUAAUUCGUAUCCACUGAGAAACAAUAAAUUAACUUAUAUUUACCCACAUGCAGAGGCGUAGCAACCUAUUC